AUGAAUAAAGGGCCGGGGAGUAAAGGCACAAGAAGUCGCUUUGGAUGCCGCAAUUGUAAACGUCGCAAAAUCAAAUGUGAUGAACAGAAACCAAGAUGCGGAAAGUGUGUAAGUGGAAACCUCCCGGAAUGUGACUAUUCCAUUCAAUUGCAAUGGGGACGGGGCAGACCUUAUAAAACUCAGAAAGUGCUGAAAAUGGAUCCCAUACCAGAUCUAUUCAAUUCAAGAGAAGCAAUUUACUCUACCUCUAUGAACUCAGAAGGCUCUUCUUCCACAGUUAAUACAAUCCCUGACACACCGACGGUGACUAUUAAAACCGAACCGUUUCAACUGCAAAUCGAUGAUGCUAUCCAAAAAGCAUCUGAUCAACUGGUGAAAAAACAUGAUUUACCUAUCGAUCUCAAUCACCUAGGGAUUGUAUCAGAGUUGAUCCAAGAGGACAGCGACCAUCUCUCUAUGUCGACGUCAGACUCUGUCAACAUCCCUAGUAAUCAAUCUGAGUUGCCAUUCAACCCCAAUUCCGAAGAGAGUGUCGUCGAAUUCAUGGAAGAUUUUGAUUCCUAUGCACAAGACCUUACCAGCAGUAACAAACUCAACAAGUCGCACAAUUAUUUUCAUGAAAUUCCUUUGCUUCACAACAACCAUAAUUCAUUGCACCUACCAAGUGAUGAGCACAGCGACGCAAUAAACUCGUUUGUGGAGGACGAUGAUGAGUUUUGGAAUUUUCUUAGUAACACAUUUAUUCAAAACUCUGCCUAUAAUGACAAUAGCAAUUCUCAGUCAAAUUUACUCCAACCAUUAGACGCUAAACCACCAGAAAGCGCUAUCAAGUUGUACAAAAAGUCACUUCAGAACGAGUUUUCUCGUUUAACCUCAAUGUACAAUGUUUAUCACAAACAAAUUCCCAACGGGAUAUUGCCAUUACCUGAUAUGUUGCUGAGUGUCCCGUAUUACUAUGAAAGCUUCAUAUUUUUCAAGGAGGUCACUUCGUCAGUAUUGGUUCCUAUGCCUCAUCAUUUGUACAGGGAAAACCCAGUAGAAAUCUUACUUCCUCGACUUGCCAUGGGUAACAGCACUGUUAUGGCUAUUUUAAUAUCGUUUGCAAUCACUCACAAAUGUUACAUGACCAAUACAGAAGAACCUCGGGAAGUUGUUGAUCAGUUGAUGGCUAGAAUCCUAAAUGACUUGCUUACUUUCCUCCAGCAUCCAGAAACGGCAACGUCCGAUUUAACCCUAGCUGUAAUAUUGCUUCUUAGCUCUUACGAUAUCUUUUCUUCUAAACAACAGAAAUGGAGACUGCAUAUGAAAGGGGCCAAGCAAAUCUUAUUAAGCCGAGGUGUCAUCAAGACGCUGCCUAACACUGAAAGCAGCGAUCAGCAACCUAGUGUCAAUGGGGUUUUGGCAAGUUCAUCAAAAAUGAUCAAAGAAUCCAACAUAUUAGCAUUCAUAAUUAGAUGGUUUGCAUAUAUUGAUACUCUUGGUUCAUUAUGCUCACCCUUGAAACCUUCACCAGAAGAGAUGAACUCUCAUUUGCAGUCAAUCGGGAACACAAACACGGAGUUAGGAAACCAUAUCAAUUACGACGAUCCAAGGCUGCAUUCGUAUAUUGAUGCUCCGGAGGGGAGCAAUAUAAACUCUAUCGAUCUUUUCUUGGGAUUUGAUGUCAAGCUUUUAGCAAUAUCCACUGAAUUGUGCGUUUUGAUAAAGCGAGUCAAUUGUAUAUUGCACAGCAACCAAGGAAAGGAGGUGUCCCUCCCUAUUAGUUUAAUUACAAAGGCAAUGGAUGUUGAGUACAGACUUUGGGAGAAUUACGAAACUUCGUUGGAUAAAGUCGACAGAAAUGCAGGAGCUGAUUCGAGUCAUUUAGCGUUGGCUACGAAUAAGCUGUUCUACUAUGCUGGUUUGAUCAAUCUUUAUCGGCGUGUACUGUUAUUGCCACGACAGUCCUCUAUGGUGCAGAAAUGCUGCAGAAUGAUUAGAGAGACAUUGGAGAAACAUGUUGAACCUGGAUCUUCGGCAGAGAUUUGCUCAAUUUUCUGCGUAUUCAUUUGUGGAUGUGAAGUUAUUGAUGAGGCAGAUCAGAAGUUUUUCGAUGCGAAGAUGAUCAACCUGGAUAAGAAGGGUGUUCCUUGUGCACCAAAGGCGCUUCAAAUCAUGCGAAUGGCAUGGAAGACUAGCAAGACACACAGAUGGGGGCGGAAUUGGGACGACAUUAUGGAGGAGACAGGCAUGGAUCUGGUAUUUUUGUAG